UUUUUAUUUUAUUUUCUUCUUCCUACUUUUUUUAAUGCAAAAUGGUGAAAAGUUUCUACAUUAUUGAAAGUGAUUGUUUCUCCCUUCAUCAAGAGCACCACCUAUAUUUUGUUCUGCAUUUGUUAUGGCGACUCAGUCAUAAAUACAAUACUGAAAUACCCUUCACUUUGUCACAUCUUGUCCCACGUCUAUGCCACCUUCACUACCUGGAGAGAUAAAGUGUUUUAAGUGAUUCAUGAGAGAUAUUUAAAGGUUGUGUUGUGGUGAUUUCUGUAUAUUUCAAGGAUGUAUCUUUUAGAGGGUCAUAAACAUGAAGUUGUUUUCAUUUUAUGGUUUUGUUGCUAUUUAUUACUGGUUGCUGCACAAGAUAAUAUCACUGACCCCACUGAAGUUGAAGCAUUAAAAGCCAUAAAACAAAGGUUGAUUGAUCCUAAUGGAAAUUUGAGCAAUUGGAAUCAUGGAGACCCGUGCACAUCUCAUUGGACAGGAGUUUUGUGUUUCAAUGAAACAUUAAUAGAUGGCUAUUUACACGUUCAAGAAUUGCAACUAAUGAAUUUGAACUUGUUCGGAAAUUUGGCACCAGAAAUUGGCAGCUUAGCUUAUAUGGAAAGAUUGAACUUCAUGUGGAACAAUCUAACUGGGAGUAUUCCAAAGGAAAUUGGGAAUAUCAAAUCUUUAAUCCUCUUACUCCUGAAUGGAAAUCAAUUAACAGGUUCACUGCCAGAGGAGCUUGGCUUUCUUCCAAACCUUGAUAGAAUACAAAUCGAUCAAAACAAUAUAUCAGGAUCUCUACCUACAUCAUUUGCAAACCUGAACAAGACAAAACACUUUCACAUGAACAAUAAUUCAAUUAGCGGGCAAAUCCCACCGGAACUUUCCCGAUUACCAAAACUUGUUCACUUCCUUCUUGACAACAACAACUUAUCAGGAUAUCUUCCUCCCGAGCUUUCCAAAUUGCCAAGCUUACUUAUUCUUCAACUUGACAACAAUAAUUUCGACGGGAAUAGCAUUCCAGAUACUUAUAGCAACAUGUCUAAAUUGUUGAAGUUGAGCCUUAAGAAUUGCAACUUGCAAGGACCGAUUCCUGACUUAAGCCGUAUACCAAAUCUUCUUUAUCUUGACCUCAGUUCCAAUCGGUUGAAUGAAUCACUUCCUUCCACACUUUCAGAAAACAUCACAACUAUUGAUUUUUCAAACAACAAGCUUACUGGAACCAUUCCGCCCUCCUUUUCUAGUCUUCCACAUCUUCAGAGAUUGUCUCUUGCAAACAAUUCAUUGAAUGGCGUUGUUCCCUCCACGAUUUGGCAGGAUAAGACUUUAAAUGGAACAGAAAGAUUUAUCUUGGAGUUGGAAAAUAAUCGAUUUACAACUGUAUCAGGCAAUAUCAAUCUUCCUCCAAAUGUCACAGUCUUUCUUGACGGGAAUCCUCUAUGCUCAAAUAACACCCUGAGUCAGCUCUGUAGUUCCGAAGGCGUUAAUGACACAAACGACCUCAUUCGAACAAACGCCAAUGGUUUCUGUCCUGCUCAAUCAUGCCCGCCUCCUUAUGAAUACUCUUUGGAUUGUUUCUGUGCAGCACCAUUGCUUGUUGAUUAUCGACUGAAAAGUCCGGGGUUUUCAGAUUUCCUUCCAUACAUAGACGAUUUUGAGAAAUACAUGACUACUGGUCUUACUAUAAAUAUGACUCAACUAAACUUUACUUUUCAUUGGGAAGCAGGACCUCGAUUGAGAAUGAACUUGAAGUUUUUUCCUUUAUAUGUUGAUCAAAAUAGUUCCCAUACUUUCGAUGAAACUGAGGUCAUGCGAAUUAAAAGCAUGUUCACAGGAUGGAAUAUUCCUGACAGUGAUUUGUUUGGACCAUAUGAAUUGCUGAACUUCAAUCUGGGCUUUUACCUGAAUGUGACUGCCACCUCUUCAAAAUCGGGGAUAAGCACGGGAGCAAUAGUCGGCAUAGUCUUAGGGACGAUUGCCUUUGCAGUGACGCUAUCUGCAAUUGUUACUCUUCUUAUAUUAAGAACAAAAUUGAGAGAUUAUCGUGUAGUUUCCAAAGGGCGUCAUGUGUCUAAAAUCUCGAUAAAAAUUGAUGGCGUAAGGGCCUUUACAUAUGAAGAAUUGUCCUCCGCUACGAACAAUUUUAGCAGCUCUGCUCAAGUCGGACAAGGGGGCUACGGGAAGGUAUAUAAAGGUAUUAUUUCUGACGGCACAGUUGUUGCCAUAAAACGUGCACAAGAGGGAUCCCUGCAAGGCGAGAAGGAGUUCCUUACAGAAAUAUCAUUACUAUCACGGUUACAUCAUCGCAACCUUGUGUCUCUAAUUGGAUACUGUGAUGAAGAAGGUGAACAGAUGCUGGUUUAUGAAUAUAUGCCAAAUGGAACACUCAGGGAUCACCUUUCUGCUACAUCAAAAGAACCUCUAACAUUUGCCAUGAGAUUAAAGAUGGCACUAGGGGCAGCUAAAGGUCUCAUGUAUCUACACACAGAAGCUGAUCCUCCAAUAUUUCACCGAGAUGUCAAGGCCAGCAACAUAUUAUUGGACUCUAAGCUCUCUGCAAAAGUGGCAGAUUUCGGACUUUCGCGGCUUGCCCCAGUUCCAGAUAUGGAAGGAAUUGUGCCUGGUCAUGUAUCUACAGUCGUAAAGGGGACACCGGGUUACCUUGAUCCAGAGUACUUCUUAACUCACAAGUUGACCGACAAGAGUGAUGUUUAUAGUCUUGGUGUUGUGUUUUUGGAACUUCUGACUGGGAUGCAUCCUAUCUCACAUGGCAAAAAUAUUGUUAGAGAGGUCAACCUUUCAUACCAAUCCGGCGUGAUAUUUUCAAUUAUUGAUGCACGUAUGGGGUCUUAUCCAUCUGAGCACGUCGAGAAAUUUUUGAGUUUAGCUCUCAAGUGUUGUAACGAUGAGCCAGAUAAUCGGCCUAGAAUGACCGAAGUGGUUCGAGAACUCGAAAACAUAUGGAAUGUGAUGCCGGAAUCAGAUACAAGGAGAGCUGAAUCUUUAACCAGUGUCAGUGAUUCUAGUAAAGCAAUUAGUACACCAUCUUCAUCUUCUGCUAUGAGGACUCCUUUUGUAUCAGGUGAUGUUUCAGGGAGUGACCUUGUUAGUGGAGUAAUACCAAGCAUCAAGCCAAGAUAGAAUUACACACAAAGCUGAAAAAAUAGUAGCUUUAGCUAAUUAUGGUCCAUAUUAAUUCUUCUUAUGUGAGGUUGUGAUUACCAUGUGAAUUGAAUAAUGAGACUAUGUAUGUCACUUGAUUUCAUCUUCACCCUUUAUAUUCUUUUGUUUUUGUACCAUCUGAUACACUGAUAGAACUCGGGGUUGUAUAUAUAACAUACGAGUUUUGUACAUUAUAUAAGUUUGGUUGUUUAUGCUGUGCCUUUAUGGAC